GUCCUGUGAUGUUACAAACUAGGGACCACGUUUGCAAAAAUUCACCGAGAAUGUGUUUGGUUCUAGGCAACUAAAGAAACAAUACAGAAUGGAGUACUGGAACUCCACCCUGGGCAGUGGCUUUAUAUUGAUGGGGAUUCUGAAAGACAGUGGGUCUCCUGAACUGCUCUGUGUCAUAAUCACAGUCCUGUACAUGUUGGCCCUGACCAGCAAUGGCCUGCUGCUCUUGGUCAUCACAGUGGAUUCCCGGCUCCACGUGCCCAUGUACUUCCUGCUCGGGCAGCUCUCACUCAUGGACCUCCUCUUCACAUCUGUUGUCACUCCCAAGGCGCUCAUGGAUUUUCUGCGCAGUGAAAACACCAUCUCCUUUGCGGGCUGUGCCCUUCAGAUGUUUCUGGCAUUGAUGCUGGGUGGUGCAGAGGACCUGCUACUGGCCUUCAUGGCCUAUGAUAGAUAUGUGGCCAUUUGUCAUCCUCUGAACUACAUGGUCUUCAUGAGGCCAAGGGUCUGCUGGCUCAUGGUGGCCACAGCAUGGAUACUGGCAUCCUUAAGUGCCAUUGUUUAUACCAUGUAUACCAUGCAGUAUCCCUUCUGCAAAGCCCGGAACAUCAGGCACCUGCUCUGUGAGAUUCCACCUUUGCUGAAGUUGGCCUGUGCAGAUACCUCUAGAUAUGAACUGUUUGUGUAUGUGAUGGGUGUGACCUUCCUGAUGCCCCCUCUCCUUGCAAUCAUUUCUUCCUAUGCACUAAUCCUGUUUACUGUGCUUCACAUGCCCUCAAAUGAGGGGAGGCAGAAAGCCCUAGUCACCUGCUCUUCCCAUCUGACCGUGGUUGGGAUGUUCUAUGGAGCUGCCACAUUCAUGUAUGUCCUGCCCAGUUCCCUCCACAGCCCCAAGCAAGACAACAUCACCUCUGUUUUCUACACGGUUGUCACUCCAGCCCUGAACCCCCUUAUCUACAGCUUGAGGAAUAAGGAAGUCAUGGGGGCUUUGAAGAGAGUGCUGGGAAAAUACAUGCUGUAG